AUGGUAAUGAAAACUAUCACAUGCGAGGCGCGUGUCAGCGCCGAGGACCAUGUAUCCAAACCCGACCUCUCUCCAUUCGAUCUUGAUAAACCUGGAGUUGAUGGAAACUCCUACAAUCCCCCUCACUGUGCCUAUCCGUCCUGGAUUCAACAGCUGGAGCAGGGUGUUGCGGACUACGAAAAGUUCAUACGCUGGGUCAAGCAUGAUCCCAGUCGGGUAUACUACACAAUUGUUUCUGCCCAGGCGGAAUACGAGAAACUCCAGCAACAGAUUGUGAAGCACGCCAACGGUGGACUUGAAGCUCACCGAGCUCGUCCCGUUCCCGCAGCCCCCGAUGCUGCUGAACUCGAACACCUCGCCGAGUCCAUUAAAAGUCAUAAUGACGACUUGAAGAUGAAGCACCAUUGUGUAGCUGGAGAAGCAAUUUCCUACGCAAACGGACUUGGUCGCCUCCGACUUGACGAACAAACUCGCGCGGGCCCUGGGGUGGUUGCUUCGAUUGAAACUCCUCACUGA